ACAAGUGGAAUGGUCUAGAUCUUGAAAUCCUAAAAUUCUUCCAAGCAUUUUGUCAUCUCCACUGUCAACGUUGCUGUCGUAGCCACCCUCACGCUCCGUGUGUCGUCUCGGUCGCUCUCGCUACUUCCAACGCCACCAUGCAGAACGAGGAAGGAGAGAACGUCGAUCUCUACAUUCCCAGGAAGUGUUCGUCAACCAACAGGUUGAUCACCUCCAAGGAUGUCGCUUCAGUUCAGUUGAACGUGGGUCAUCUUGAUGAGAACGGCGUUUACACAGGCCAAUUCACCACAUUUGCUCUAUGUGGAUUCGUCCGUGCACAGGGUGAUGCCGACAGCGCCCUUGAUAGGUUGUGGGCCAAGAAGAAAGCUGAACUCGGGCAGUAAUUAUGAUUACAGUGGCGGAGCGCAGAUUAGUGUCACCAAUCUCAUGUCUGAUAGGAAAUCUUUAUUUUUUGGUGAUCAAACAUUUGUGCUAGGAUCUUUCGCACUAAACUUCUCUGUCGAAUUUUCUGUUGUGUGAUAUGUGAUCCUGAGUGGUGCUUUAAGCAGACGGGUCUCUGUUUGUCGUGGUUGUUUGUCACAAUGCAGACUGAUAAGAUAAAAUGCACCACUUGUGCUUAUCUGAGCUA